AUGCCUUCAAUCCUUAACACUCUUUUUGCGUUUGGUGCAGUUUUUGUUCACUCCAGUGCCUCUCCAACAAGUUCUGGCUCAUACUGGAAGCCAGCAGCUGGAACACAGUGGCAGAUCCAACUCACAGGGGAAGUUACCGAUGUUAGUUAUGCGGCUGAAGUGUACGAUAUCGAUCUUUUCGAUAACGACGCAACGACCAUUGCCAACCUCCAAUCCAAUAACAAGAAAGUCAUAUGCUACUUCUCCGCGGGUUCCUACGAGGAUUGGCGUUCAGAUGCAUCUUCUUUCCAGGCAAGUGACAAGGGAUUGGCGAUGGAUGGCUGGGAAGGCGAGUGGUGGUUGAACACCAAUUCAGCCAACGUCCGCACGAUCAUGACGGCUCGUAUCGAUCAGGCGCUGGCUAAGGGAUGCGAUGGCGUCGAUCCGGAUAACGUAGACGCAUACGACAAUGCCAACGGGGUUGGUCUCACAGAAGAUGAUGCCGUGGACUACCUGACGUUUCUUGCCGACGCUGCUCACUCCCGCGGCAUGUCGAUUGGUCUGAAGAAUGCAGGAGGGCUGGUGGAAACGACGCUACCUAUCAUGGAAUGGCAGGUCAAUGAGCAGUGCGCAGAAUUUGGAGAAUGCGAUCUUUUCCAACCUUUCAUUACUGCCGGAAAGCCGGUCUUUCAUAUCGAAUACCCAGACGGUGCGCCUGACAGUAUAGCUGCUGAUGUCAAGUCGAAGGACUGUGGCGUAGCUGGAUUUUCAACUUUGCUGAAGAACUUGGCGCUCGAUGCUUGGGUUGACCCUUGCGAGUAA